GUAAAGCCUAGCAGAAAAACAUGGGCAAUUUCAAAGGGCAUGCCCUCCCUGGAAGCUUUUUCCUUCUUUUUGGCUUCUGGUGGUCAGUGAAGUAUCCACUGAAGUAUGCCUGUCGAAAAAACAAGAAUGCUUGCUACUUUGGUUCCAGGGCAGGAUUUCAACGCCUGGAGUUUGUUGAGGGGAUCAUCAAAGCUGUCUUUGCCUUGAUUGGAAUGGUGGCCGAGCAGUUUGUUCCUGAUGGACCUCAUCUGAAGUUGUAUAAUUACGAGGAAAAGCACUGGGAUCACUUGAUGAACUGGCAGCACGCCACCAUGUACCUCUUCUAUGGCAUUUCAGGGUUGGUUGACAUCGUGGCUCAUGGGACCAACACAUUGCCAGUGGCCAUGGACAGGAUGAUGCUUUCCUUAGCAGUGUUUAUCGAAGGUUUUCUCUUUUGCUACCAUCUUCAUGGGAGAGCCAUGCUGGAUGUUCAUGUUCAUCAGUUAUUGCUAUUUGCUAUAUUUGGAGCUGCUGUUUGCAUAUUUCUGGAAGUCUUCUUCCGUGGCAGUAUUGUGCUAGAGAUGCUCCGUACAAGCCUCUGUAUAUUACAAGGCAGCUGGUUCUGGCAGAUUGGCUUUGUUCUUUAUCCUCCAAAUGGAAGCCCAGAGUGGAAUGAGACAGAUCAUACUAAUAUGAUGUUCCUGACCAUGUGCUAUUGCUGGCAUUAUGCCUUUGCUUUACUUAUACUUGCAGCGAAUUACACAAUUGUCAGCUGGGCAGUUCGUUUGAAGGCUAAGCAGUCCCAGAACUUGGAAAUGGGAUUACUGAAAACAUCUGAACGAGAUCAGGAAUCAGAAGAUGAAAUUUAGUAUGAAUGUGGCUUGACUAGUUUAUCCGCUCUACCAUUAGGCUAACUGAUACCUCAUUUCUAGAUUUGCUUGCCAUCUUAUUAAUUCAUUACUACAACUUUUUAUGCAAACGUCAUUCCCCAAGUACUGUCUACAUCUACACAGUUCCAUCUUCAUCUGCAGAGGGUAAGCUUGGUAUCGAUUUGCAGUGGUUGCACUAGUACCUCACUUACCACACGUUUUAGAGAAAACCAGACAGACUUGGACUGGAUGAGGUGGCAUAAUGAAGUCUGUAUGUCUGCCCAAUUAAAAGCUAAGCAAAAUGUU